AUGGCGACGCCGUCGCCCACACCGAACGCCGUCACAACCUUCAUGCGAAUCACCGGAGCACCAGAGUUCGUUGCCGUCCAAAAAUUAGAGGAAUAUGGAGGCAAUUUAAAUGCAGCUGUUAAUGCCCAUUUUAUUGAAGGGGAUAGACACAUGUAUGACAAUGUGGGGCAAAAUCUUGCUAAUGCCACACAGUAUAAUAAUUACUCUGAUGGGAAUAAUCAAAACCAUGUUAGAUCACGUGGAGUUAUGCCUUUUCUCAGUGCUGCUAGAAGAUUUAGACCUUCACUAUUACUUGACUCAAAUUAUAGGAGAGAACUUAGAGAUCUGUGUAAUGGGACAUUAACAAGUCAUGCACCACUACCACCACAUGCUAUUCAUCCAGGGGAAUCGACUGAAGUUGCUGCAGGGACCAAUAAUGCAUUUGAGCCUCCCUAUCGAUCACGGUUGAGCUCUACAAGUGCAGAUAUGACUGAAAAUUUAUCAUCUCAUGGUCGAGGAGUUUAUGGGACAGAUUAUUAUCAGAAUGACUACAGUUUAGCUCAGUCAAACUCCUCACAUGUUUCUGAUAAUGAUAUAGAGGAAGCAAUGAUUCAAGCUGCUAUACAGGCCUCAAAAAAGGAAUCCGAUGCUGGGCAUCCUCAAAGUCAUUCUCAACAAGAAGAUGAUGAUUUAGCUCAUGCAAUGUCAUUGUCCUUAGAGAUUGCAGAGCAAGAGGAAGCAAUGCGUGAGCAUCUAGUAAAAAAAGAAACGGAAGGACUUGCAGUUCAUGAUUUACCAUCCAAGGGAGAGAAAAACAACAAUAGCAGAAGCAGAAAAGAGUUAGGAACAUCAUCUAAUCGAGAUUUAGCUCAAGAUGCUGCUCAGCCAUUCAUGGGUCAUCCAUUAAACCACAGUGCUGGUGGUCAUCUUCAACGAAAUGAAGAUAUGCUUAUUGCUGACAAGUGGGGUAUUUCUUCUGAUGAGCUUAAUGAAGCAUUGAUGCUUGAAACUGCACUGUUUGGUGAAAUUCCCAAUCACAGUUCUCACAAACAUUCAUCUUUGCCUGAUCUGCAACAUCAUCCAGAAAAAAUUGUGAAUCCCAAGAUGCAGUGUUUGUCCAGUGCAACAUCACAAUUAUUAACUGACACUCAGUUGCUGAGACAACAACAGGAUGCUGACUAUCUAGCCUCGCUACGAGCUGAUAAACAAAAGGAAUUCAAUUCUCUCAAGAAAGCUGAAACCCAUUCCUCAAUGGAAGAAGAGUCAUGCAAAAAGGUGCGUGAAAGAAAGGAAUUGGAGAACAUGCUUGAUAAGAAAGAAGUUAGGCUUUCCAAGGAACCACCACUAGAUGAUGAAAAUGCAAUUACUAUAGUUGUUCGAAUGCCAGAUGGUGGUCGAUGUGAACGGCGCUUUCUCAAAACUGACAAGCUUCAGUUUCUUUUUAAUUUCAUAGACACUCUUGGAGCAGUGAAGCCGGGCACCUAUAAAGUUGUAAGGUCAUAUCCACGACGGGCUUACAGUAUAAAUGAUAGCUCGUCAACCUUGUAUGAAGUAGGCCUCAGCAGCAAGAAUGAGGCUUUGUUUCUGGAGGUGAUUUAGUUUUAUCCAUCUCCCUGUAAGUAUCAUGGUCUGUGUAUAUAGAUUAACACCCAAAAAUAUUACAAUGCUCCCUUGAAUUUGUAGAGACAAAAGAAUUA